AUGUUGUACCCGGCAGUGUUUACGCUGGUGAUAGCCAUGAUUGCAGCCGAUUCAGUCCCUUCAUAUCCAAAAGUAAGCAAAGGUUAUGGUAAAAGCGUGACCAAGGGUUACAGUCACAAGGGAUUUAACAAUGGUUACAACAGUUACAACGGUUACAACGGAUUUAACCGUGGUUACGGCGGAUUCAACAAAGGUUAUAUGGGAAAUUUUGGCAUGAUGGGUCCAUCAUUUGGAUACAAUGGGUUUAACCGUGGUUACGGUGGAUUCAACAAGGGUUUCAAUGGAUACAACCAAGGCUUUAUGGGAUUCAACAGUUACAAUGGAUUCAACGGUUAUAAUGGUUAUAACGGGUUCAACAAAGGAUACAGUAUGAUGAAUGGUGGCUUUAACGGAGGUUACGGCUUUCCAAUGGGAAACCGAUUCUUCAUGAACCGCCGGGUCUAUCCCGGAUACCCCCGAUUUGGCGGAAACUCCUACACAACGUACCGAUCUAAUGGUUAUUUCGGGGAUGAUGACGACUACAAAUUUGGCGGAAACUACCGAAGACCUUUCUCUCAUAAUUUCUACCCUGGAGGAUACAGCAAUAGUUACAGAGGCGGGUACAUGAAGAGCUUUGGUGGUCCCUACCAGACAAUGUACAAGUCAAUGCGUCCAAAUUUUGGAUACAAGUCAAUCAAGUCAGCCAAAACGGUGAGUUAA